CCGCGGUGCGGGACGCCGGCCGGCGAGAUGCCGUGUGGGGAAGAUUGGCUCAGCCACCCGCUCGGAAUCGUGCAGGGCUUCUUCGCCCAAAAUGGAGUUAAUCCUGACUGGGAGAAGAAAGUAAUUGAAUAUUUUAAGGGAAAGCUGAAGGAAAAUAAUGCUCCUAAAUGGGUACCAUCAUUGAAUGAGGUUCCCCUUCAUUAUUUGAAACCUAACAGUUUUGUGAAGUUUCGCUGCAUGAUUCAGGAUAUGUUCGACCCUGAGUUCUACAUGGGAGUUUACGAAACGGUUAACCGAAACACAAAAGCACGUGUUCUUCAUUUUGGAAAAUAUAGAGAUAUAGCAGAAUGUGGGCCUCAGCAGGAAGUUGAUUUAAAUUCUCCACGAACCACCACUUUGGAGAGACAGACUUUCUAUUGUGUUCCAGUGCCUGGAGAAUCCAUGUGGGUAAAAGAAGCCCACAUUAACGCCAGCCAAGCUCGAGUCACUCCUUCCACGUCGUACACGCCCAGCCGUCACAAGAGGAGUUAUGAAGACGAUGAAGACAUGGACCUACAGCCUCACAAACAGAAAGACCAGCACGCGGGGGCCAGGCGGACAGGGAAUGUUGGUGGUCUUCAGUGGUGUGGCGAGCCGAAACGUCUGGAAACGGAAGCUUCUACCGGACGACAGCGGAGCUCCCGGAGCCUGUCUCCCCCAUUUGACCUGAACUUCCCCCUGCCGGGAGAGAAGGGCCCUGCAUGCCUCGUGAAGGUCUAUGAAGACUGGGAUUGUUUCAAAGUAAAUGAUGUUCUCGAGUUAUACGGCAUACUCUCUGUGGAUCCUGUGCUAAGUAUCCUGAAUAAUGAGGAAAAGGACGCCUGUUCCCUUCUGGACCCGAUGGAGUGCACAGACACGGCCGAGGAGCAGAGAGUGCACAGCCCCCCCGCUUCCUUAGUGCCGAGAAUCCAUGUGGUGUGGGCCCAGAAGCUGCAGCACAUCAACCCAUUACUGCCAGCUUGCCUUAACAAAGAGGAGAGCAAAACCUUUGUUUCAAGCUUCAUGUCCGAAUUGUCUCCGGUCAGAGCAGAGCUGCUUGGGUUCCUAACCCACGCCCUUCUGGGAGACAGUUUGGCUGCUGAAUACCUUAUAUUACAUCUCAUCUCCACCGUGUAUACAAGAAGAGACAUUCUUCCACUAGGAAAAUUUACAGUUAACUUGAGUGGUUGCCCACGGAACAGUACCUUCACGGAACACUUAUAUCGAAUCAUUCAACAUCUUGUUCCAGCGUCUUUCCGUCUGCAGAUGACAAUAGAGAACAUGAACCACCUGAAACUCAUCCCUCACAAAGACUACACAGCCAACCGCCUGGUCAGCGGGCUUCUCCAGCUCCCCAGCAACACGUCUCUCGUGGUAGAUGAGACUCUGCUGGAGCAAGGCCAGCUGGACGCCCCGGGUGUUCAUAAUGUGACUGCCCUGAGCAACCUAAUAACUUGGCAGAAGGUGGAUUAUGAUUUCAGUUACCACCAGAUGGAAUUCCCCUGCAAUAUCAAUGUUUUGAUUACUUCAGAGGGGAGAUCGCUCCUACCGGCAGACUGCCAGGUCCACUUACAGCCACAGCUGACCCCCCCGAACAUGGAGGAGUACAUGAACAGCCUUCUCUCAGCGGUGCUGCCUUCUGUGCUCAACAAAUUCCGCAUUUAUCUCACCCUCCUGAGGCUCCUGGAUUAUAGCAUAUCUGAUGAAAUAACCAAGGCCGUUGAAGACGACUUUGUGGAAAUGCGCAAGAACGAUCCUCAGAGCAUCACUGCUGACGAUCUCCACCAGCUGCUCAUUGUAGCUCGGUUUCUGUCUCUCAGUGCCGGUCAGACCACACUGUCAAGAGAACGAUGGCUAAGAGCAAAGCAGCUCGAGUCUUUGAGAAGAACCAGGCUUCAGCAACAGAAAUAUGUGAAUGGAAAUGAACUUUAAACAUCUGAUACCUAUGAAAGAAUAAUGGGCAAAUUGUAGCCACAUUAUUGUACAAUUCAAAUAUCAUUUAUACCACAUUGUUUUGUAGAUAAUUUGUAUCAAAAACCAAUGACUUUUCCUGAAAUCAAGCCUGGUGACAUCUGAAAUUUAUAUCAUAUUCAGUAAGGGCUUUUACCUUGCUGGUUUUAUGGAGCUUUUGGAGUUUGUUUUAUAAUUAUAUAAAUUAGUAACAAUGUACAAAAAAUGUAUUUGAUAUUAAAAGUUUAAUAUUGAUAAGAUAAUGUUGUUGAUUAUACCAUUUCCUUAGCUUCAGCUAAGUCAUAGGCCAGACUCUGUUAAAAUGCUAGCAGCAAUGUCAUUUGAAGAAAGUCGUAGCAAUUCUAAAGUCUGGAAUUGUUCACUUCAGAUUUUUACGUCUUUCCAGUUAACAGUGGAUCUGAAGGUGUUUAGUGGUUGAAUGUUUGGGAAAUGAAACCACAGAAUUUCACAUGACUUCCCAAACAUCUGAUCAUGGGACCUUUUUCCUAUUUGAUAGUUGUUAACCUGCAGAACUGCCUUUCAUGUGGCAGUGGCUCCCAUAUUUCUGGAGUUCACAGACCAGUAAUGUUCCUCAGAGAUUUGAGAUGGACAAGGUCACCAAUUUAUUUUGCCAAGUUACCUGAAAGAAAUCACUGUGUUAUCACCAUUAUUUUUUUCAUAAGAGGAAAAUCUCAGAAUGAGAUACUCCUUUAAAUGGAAUAAAUGUAGCUUUUUGGAAAACAACAACAACAACAACGACGACACUCCGUUGUCCUUAUUUUUCUCAUUUCACCCCAGAGCAUUUGGGAACCACUGUUUUACAGGACACAUUUAAGCAAAUUCUGCCGUAUGAAGUUGUUUUGCCCAGAUAUAAAGAGAGCGCAAAAAAAAGUUAACUUUUAAAAAGAGCCUUCUUUAGAAAAAAAAGAUUUUAAAUUCUUUUCCUAAUGCCAUUUAAUUGCUUUGAUGAUUGUAUUAGAUUUUGAACUUUGUCGGCUCAACUAACUAACAUUAUCUGCUAGUCUAGAAUGCACUGAUAAAACUGUAAGCAGGGUUUUCCUCAGACCAAUUAGUUUUUACAUAAGUUUAAAUGAACAAAAAUAUUAUUUAUAGCUAGGAAGCAAAUCAAUGCUGUACAGUAUAAUUAUGGAAUCCAGAAUGUUUAGGAAGGUUCGAACAUUACUUAAGCAAUCAGUGGUUGUAUAUAAAGACUAGUUUCUUUCAGUUAGUAACUUACCUGGUUGGAACAUUAACAGUUCAGUUACCAGUCCCUCAAUUCCACCCCCCAGGCCUAAAUUGACAUUGCUAACCAAGGAAAUGGGGCCAGCUUUGAAAAUCAAGGAAUUUACUAUGCCGAGCAAUUGAAAGUGAAAACUUACUAGUUUCACUUUUCCUAAACUCAUAUCUAUUUUUAUAAACUAAUGUAAAUAAUCAUUUAGUAUUCUGGACUGGUUUUCAUUUUAAUAAUUCAGACUAGACCAGGGUUGUCAAACUCAUUUUCACCAGGGGCCACAUCAGCCUUGAGGCUGCCUCCAAAGGGCCAAAUGUAAUUUCAACUCUUUAACUUUUAAGGAGUAGUUGCUUUUAUACAGUCCUAAAAUUAUUUCAGCCCUUAGAAAGCAACUGUGAGGCUGAUGUGGCCCCCAGUGAAUGAGUUUGACAUCCCUGAACUAGACCUUCUUUAAUGAAAACUCAGUGAAUUUAUGGGAAUAAACUUCAACCGUAGAUUAGUUACCGUGUGUUUACUGUACCAAUGUGAAUUAUAAUUUACCAGAGGAGUGCAGUCUAGCAGAAAAGUUCCCUUGAAAGGAAAACCUUUCAAAGAAAGAAAACUCAUCCCACGUGAUCUGUGUGGAGGAGAUCCCGCUGCCUCUUGGUGGAAAACCACGUCCUCGGACUCACGUCCCACUUGAAGGGGGUAGGACAGGAGAGACCUCCAGGCUUCAGAAAUCCUUUCCUCCCCUGCUACACACGUGGACAUUACAGCUGUCGAUCUAUCAUGACGUUAAUCUAUUUCCAUCACCAAGAAACUGUACAGACAUUACUGUAACUGGAAUUAAAAAUCACCUUCUUAAUUUUAGUUUUCAAAAAUCUAAACUAAUUUCAAAACUAAUUUCUGUGGAGCUUAAAACACAUUUUAUUUAUUUUAAAAUCCAAACACAUUCAUUUUCAGUGUUUGGAUUUUAAAAUUUGAUGGUUUGUGAUCCAUUUCAUCAUUUUUUAAAAUGAAAACACUUCAAAAGAGUAAAAUAUUUGGAAAGGCUGGGACCAAGUGUUUAGUUAUAGAAAACUUGCUUAUGAAGUCUUUAAUCUGAUUCAAAAAUCAAACCCUUUAAAAUGUUACUGAAGGAAUUCUCAUACAUUGUCACUUUAAAUUACAACAGUACUUUAUUUUUAAAUAGUCACAAGAUUUGAUACUUCACACACACAAAAAAAGAUACCACUAAUAAAUAACAAAAGUGGAAAUACUCAUCAAAGUUACAACAGACAUAAUGUUUAGCUGAGAAUCACUUCAACAGAGUAAGGCUCUAAAGAUACCAGACAAACCAAUACUUGUUCGGAAUAAACUGCAACUUCCUUAGAGUAUGGGGCUUACAGAAGAGGCCCUGUGUCCAUGUAGUCAGGUUUAGUCAUAAAACCAAUUUUAGCACAACUGUGUUCAGACUAGGUUUCAAUAGUUGUAACAGUCUAUAUAAGAUGUUAAGGAAUGACCCCUACAAAAAAUUAGAACUUGAAGACUUAAGAAUUAAUAAUAUCCAGUGAGUGUACAUUCUUACCUGAAAACAGCAAAAUUAAUAGGUGCUGGUAUUCACAUCGGAUGUCUCAGGUUUUGACUGACAUGUCUUAAUGCUCCUAGAUUUUGGGGUGUACAAGGUGGCAGAAAAUUUAAAAUUUGUUUAGAGGGGGAAAAUUAGGAUUAAAUGGGCAGACAUUUCCUGACUAUACCAAUAACCUUCAAUUCUUCAUAGGGAAUGGUUAAGCCAUCAAAACAAAACUGAGUUUUAAAUGUCCAAAUGCUUCUCCGUAUUAGUAACACUUUAAACUCACUAAAAACUAAAUGUAUUACCUUGUAGAGGUAACACAGAAAUUAAGAAAAAUUAUAAAAUGCUAAUCCCUAAAUGAUCCAUGACCAUCCUGUGUCCACUUCAUCCACUCAACCCUCCCACCCCACCCACUCACCCACUCACCCACUCCCAGAAAGGUUCAGAUUUUUAUAUCCCAAAGUAAUCUAUUCCUGAAUUACCUUCAAAGAGACAAUCUGCUCUGUAGUGUAUCAGCUACUCAGGCCUACACAUUGUAGGACGAUGCACUUCUGUUGUCCUCUCAAAUUUAGAAACCUCUGGCAACCUUUCCCAAUAAACAAUUUAAAAUCCCUAGAUUCAAAGUCAGUACAGGUUACGUGCCCAAUAUGUGAAACUUUUUUUUUAAAGGGGGUGGAUUAAGUAAAAGCCACAAGAUUCUUUGUGGCUAAAAACUAAAUCUGAAUUAUUCGCGUCUGGCAUUGCGUAAACAUAUUUCUAAGUUCAUUCUGCU